CGGCGCUUCGUAAUUACAUCAUCAACACGACGAUGGUUAUCCCUCAGCUCAGGCUUCUCCCAGUGGUGGCUGGAGGAAGCAUUGCAGGAUAUGCAACUGCUCGUGUUCUGUCCGAUUACUUUGCACGCAUUGUUAUCAUUGAGCCGGAUUACCGAAUCGAGAGAACCGCAACGCGUGUUGCUCAGCGUGGUCACUGCCAUGUCGUGUUGCCACUGAUGAUUAUCAUCUGUCGAGCACUCUAUUCAAAUUUUGAUGAGGUGGCCGCAAAGAUGGGCUGUAAGGUUCACCCUUUCUUCCGAAGGGGGAUAUUGGGUACGUCCUGGAACCGCAGGCCCACGGCAGCACUCCCUGGGUUUGAGUAUCAGAGGGUCAUACUGGAAAGGGUCCUGCGCGAACUUGCUGCCUCUUACGCAGGGGAUUCUUUGGAGGCUAUACAAGGAACCGUUACCAGUUUGCAUGCUUCCACGCCAUCUUCGGCUGCUAUCUCUGCCGUGUCCUACAGGCCUUCGAUGGGAUCAGCUGAAACUGUCACAAUACCCUGCGUGUUUUUUGCGGAUUGCAGUGGAGGAAGUGCAAUAGCAUUCAAAUUGCUUCCCCGGGCGAAUAGCAAUCGCUUAGAGGCUGGUUCCACAGAGGCUGCAGUGGCGCAACGCUGGGGCCCAUAUACUCGCCGUUCCUAUGCUCCGGACGCCAUGUACAGGUGCUUUUAUGUUCCCGUGAAGGACGAGAAGUUGAAGCACCGAAUUGCUGGCCUAGUACCGCGGAAUGACCCCAACUGUGGAAAUUGGGCCGGACUGAGAACGUUAUACGCCCAAGCCCCUCGUAUUGAUAAAGCCGGCAGCGGAGGUCCAAAGGAAGGGAUCUUCAUCCAGAAGGUUCUGGAUAAUGAAUUGCUUAUCAGUUACGUCGCUUUAGGCGACGUGAAGCCACCCAGCAAUCUUGCUCAGCUCGACCUAGCUGUUCGUGACACGCAUGAGAAAUUAUUCAAGCUCAAUCCGUCGCUGAAGGAGAUUUCUCUUUGGGUUUAUGCCCUAUUUGACCUUCUCCGAGAAAGUCAAGUGGAUGACAAGAUUCAAAUCCUUUCUUCUAAAAUGCGUCCCUCGUAUUACCUUGACUAUUUAUCGGCACCUACCCCCAACAAUUUCGUAGCCAUCGGAGAUUCCGCCAUGUGCACGAAUCCUUUUUUCGCUCAAGGGAUGCCGAACGUGUUUAAGAGCGUCGUUGUGCUAAAUACGACCCUACAUAAGCACAUCACUGGUUCCGCCAACAAUACCAACAUCUCCUCACUACCGAUUUCGCGUUCCUAUUUUGCGCUAGCCAAUCGAAUAUGCGGGUCCACCUACGAUGUCACUCGUUCAUUUGACUAUGGCCACCCAGCCACGAAACCUCAAGAAGGAGAAACUUUGGAAUACGGUGCCAGAUUUAGGAAAUGCUUGAAUUAUCUAGAUAGGGCUAGUCAGUGGAGUACAGCGGUGGCAAACGCCGCUGAUGAGGUGGGUAUAGGAAUCAGCCCAUAUGUGGAUUUGUUUAGCCCGCUAGUGAUGGGGAUGGUCUUGUGGGAACGACUCCGAGGUCGAAACGAAGCGGGGACAUGUUGAACUAUUCGCC